UUUGGUGAAAGCGAAACAACAGAAUGUGAUAUUUGAAAAAGAGUACUAAGUAAAUAUAAAUAAUAGGUUUUAAGUGAUUUUUGCGUUGCUAAUUAAUAAGCAUUACCUUAAAACUUUCAAGAUAACAGUCCGAUAUUCGUAUAGUGGUCCAUUCGACGGGAUUACAAUGAUAUUGUGUCAUCACUAUGUUUAUGUGUGUGACCCACCUUGUCGCUUGUGUGCUUGAAAGCUUGCAGUGGUCCGUCUGAAGAUACAUAGAAGUGACAGUGGACCUAUCAGUUUUGUGGCGCCAAACUGCAGAGGUACUUUGUAUGCUUCACAAAUGCAAAACUAGCCAAAGUUGCACCAGUGAAACAGAAUUCGAAUAAAAAUGCUGUACAUUUGUGAGAAUUGAUGGAAGAACCCAGCUGUUAGCUCAACAAUGAAUAUUAAGUUACCUCUUGUUCCUAUUGCUGUUGCACUUUCGCUUUCGGGCAUUAGUGCUGUGCUGCUGUAUAUUCUUUUAAAAAAUAAUGAAGAUGAAUACGAAGUAAUUGACAAAGCUAGAUACGCUAAAUAUGUGACACUAGAAGUGAAGAUUCCAAAAGAAAGUGUUGGUGUAGUCAUCGGACGAGGUGGGUCCAACAUAAAGCAGAUUCAGGAGGAAACAUGCACAAAAAUCUCUAUGAAGGAAGAAAAGGAAGAAGAGAUUUACAAUAGGAUUUGUGAGAUAAGAGGAAUGCCAGAAGCAGCUGAGAAGGCACGCUUAAUGAUUCGUAACAUAAUUAUGAACCAGCCAUUAAUAACAACACGGGAAACCUUUGUGCCUGAGUCAGCUUGUGGCAGAAUAAUUGGUAAAAAUGGCACAAAUAUCCGAAAUAUAUCGAGUGCAUCUUCUGCAAGAAUACAAAUAGAUAGAUAUUCAUCAUCUAGAGAUACAUAUGGUGGUAAUGUGGAACCUGAGCGACGAGUGGUCAUUAAAGGCACAGAAGAACAGAUAGAAUUGGCUAUAGCAUUAAUAAAAGAGAAGGUGGAGGAGGACCGAGAGAUACGGUCAAAAAUGCAAGAGAGUAUUGCCAACCGCUCUCCUAGGAAACCAGAUAAAGCUCUGUGUCUGACUGCUGCUGCCACUGAUUCCUCAUCAAGCCACAAGUCAUAUGUGUCAGAGAAACUGAAUCCUGCUGGAGGAGAUGGCUACAUUCCUGUUUUUGUUUCUGCUUUGACAGAUCCGAGCUGUUUCUUUGUGCAGUUGGUGGGACAACAUGCAGUUGAACUAGACCAUCUCGUAGAAGAAAUGACGCAGUAUUACAGCAAAGAGGAAAAUCAAGAAAUUCAUAGAGUAAAUGAGAUAAGUGUAGGACAGCUAGUAGCAGCACCCUUUACUAAUGAUGAAAUGUGGUAUAGGGCCAUAGUGAGAAAUGUUACUCUGGAUGAGUACGAUCCAAAAGAAAGUGACUUGCUGCUUUUCUAUCUUGAUUAUGGGGACUCGGCUGAUGUCAAGCAGAAACAGGUGUUUCACUUGCGAACAGACUUCUUAAGACUCCGAUUCCAGGCUAUUGAAUGCUGCCUCGCAAAUGUUAAGCCAAAAGGUGAUCAGUGGUCAGAAGAAGCUAGGGAACUCAUGGAGGAUUUGUGCCAUGUGGCACAGUGGGUUGUAAUUAUGGCACGAGUGGAUGGAUACAGAGAACGGCCACGUACAGACCAGCGACAAGAGCGUGAAGGCAGUCCUGUUCCGUGUGUAUCACUUGUCAACACCACAGGACCCAAGGAUGUACCUGUUGCAGCAGAACUUGUUAAACGUGACCUAGCUGAAUGGGAGAAGCCAGUUGCUACAGAAACCAGUUCAAGUGCGAAUAACAAUAUAGCAGAGAAGACUGUAAAUGGUAUCACUAACUCAGAAAGCAGUUCUCGUACAUCAAACUUGUCAUAUGAAAACAGUGAACAUAAACAGUCAUUACCUCUGUUGCCAGACAGUGAUUCGGAUGAAGAAAGUGAUUUGGAAAUUACUUAAUGCUAUCCUUGGAACAAUCAUUUCACAUUUCUGAUAGUUUUUAUUUAUUCUCUGGAUGUUUAUGUUAAUGAAAUUGAGUUCCUUUAAGUAAUUUCUAUAUCAUUUACUGCUUUCAAGUGGUGAUUUCACUCGGAUAAAGUCUCUGACACCUACCAUGUCCUCCCCCUACACGAAUGAUCGGUAUCUCUCCCUCCCUCCCUCUCUCCCU